AUGUCCAUGGAAGGAGUUUUUCUAGAGAAAUCAAAACCAAGCACAACUACAACUCUCCCUGAUCUAUCUCUUAACAUCAGUCUCCCGGAUACUCAUCAUCAUCAUCACAAUGAAUCUUCUCGAAGAUCAUCUCAAACCGACAACAACAAUCUGAUCAACAGAUCAUCAAACUUCGAACUCUCUUUGUCUCAUCACAAUCACCCAACCACAAGAAUCUUUCAUUGUCCUGAUCGAAGAAACCUUAAUCUUCCUCAUCAUCAGCAGCAUUACAACCCUAUCAUCAAUGGUGGAAGUCUUCAUCAAAGGGUCGAUGAAUCCGAGAUUAAUAAUCUCCACCGUCCGAUUAGAGGCAUCCCCGUCUAUCACAACCGUUCAUUCCCUUUCCACCAACAAACCAAUCCUUCUUCUGCUUUGCCUUCUCUUGGAGGAGGAGACUUGGAUCAAAUUUCCAUCUUAAACUCAUCUUCCGGCUAUAACAACGCUUACCGAUCAUUACAAUCUUCCGCGAGGCUUAAGGGUGUUCCUUUGCAUCAUCAGCUACAUCAUAAUCAUAAUCACUAUGGAGUCGUUGGACCUUCAGAUUCUUCUUCUCCUCAUCAUCAGAACCAUCAUCAUCACGGGAUGAUCAGAUCAAGAUUCUUGCCUAAGAUGCCGACGAAGCGAAGCAUGAGAGCUCCGAGGAUGCGUUGGACGAGUAGCCUCCACGCGCGGUUUGUUCACGCUGUUGAGCUUCUAGGCGGCCAUGAAAGAGCAACUCCAAAGUCGGUUCUUGAGCUCAUGGAUGUAAAAGACUUAACUUUAGCUCAUGUAAAGAGCCAUUUGCAGAUGUAUCGAACUGUUAAGACCACUAACAAGCCUGCUGCUUCAUCAGAUGGGUCCGGAGAAGAAGAAAUGGGAAUAAAUGGAAACGAAGAUCAUCAUCAAUCAUCGACAGAUCAAAGGGCACAAUCUGAUGAUACUUCUCUUCAUCAAGAAAUUGACUUUCCUUCCACACAACCUCGUUGGAGUAACUCUUCACGAGAGACAUGGCCAUUAAGCAAUAACUGUUCAAGCGACAUAGAUACGAUGAUCAGAACUUCAUCAACAUCAAUGAUCUCUCACCAUCAAAGAUCCAACCUUCAAAAUCAGGAACAAAGGACGAACGAUCAAGCAAAGAGGUGUGGAGAUAUUAGUAAUUGUAACAAUCCAAGUUUGGAGUUCACUUUAGGCAGACCAGAUUGGCAUGAGAAAUGA